AUGUUCACACUUCCCUCGGCACGCCGGUUUCUGCUCCCAGCGGUUGUCAUCCUCGUCCUCCUGGUCUUUCUCCGCGUUCUCUCGGACACCGGAUCCCUCAGAUCAUCGCACGAUGCCCUCCUCCAAGCGGCCCUACAGAGAGAGCUCUCAAGCAGUGCGAAACUCACCCCCCUCUACGGUGCGUCUGCUCAUCCUCAUCUUCACCUCUCGGCUGGCCGAAAAAAGGCCACUUACCUCCCGCCGUCGCACGCUCUGCCCCUUCCACUAGCUCACCCUGCAAUCAAGCAGUUCACGCAGUGCCCCAUCCCGGCCAACGAGCAUACCUCGCACAUCCGACUGCCUGAGAUGCUGUAUAACAUCAGUCUCACCCCGACUCCACGCUCAUCUGGACCUGACAAGCGGGCAGAGGAAGACCAGAACGGACUGCUGGGUACUCCGUCCACGACGGCGGCCACGCGCUUCUUCAACCCCGCGAUAAUCCCGCUGCCCUACUGGGCCAGUCCGGCGCGAUAUAUCCUGGUUUCCCGCGUCGUGACGUCUGGCUUCCACCAGGAAUCGCAGAUCUGUCUCGCGGACAUUUGUCUGCCUCAACGAGCCACGUACUCCGCAUCCACGUCUCAAGCUCAAAGUCAUCUACCACCUGAUACUCGCCCAUGUACGCCCGCCGACCAUUUCCAUCUCGGCAGUGGUGGUGGAUUAAGGUGCGUUACCGAGCCGCUGAAGAUAAACAUCCCGCCCACGCCUGCGGAAAAGUGCGAGAACGCGUGGCUGGCGUUCCCUGAUAUACCUGGAUUCCAUGAUCCUCGGGUAUUUUGGAGCGGCAAGGGCGAACCGUUGAUUCUGGUGAACAGCGCGAGCCGAUACGGAUGCGUGGGGCUCUGGAUUGUGGACUUGAGGGUCGUGUAUCCGAUGCUUGAAACGGUUCUCAGUCGGGAGGACAGCACUUUGGGGGUAUUGAGGAGGGAUGGCGGAGGAAAAGGGGGCCAGAUGGCAGAGACUGGUGCUAGCCUUGGGGUUAAGCCAUCGAUGAGCUAUCCUCACCUGACGGAGAUCACGAGGAAUCCGAGAGAGAGUCGUGCCAGCGUGGAAAAGAAUUGGGUGUUGUGGUUCCCGAAUGGUGAAGAGGCGUAUGUGCAAUAUGAUCUGUUGGGUGCUCCACUGCUGAGUCAAGAUGAAGCUGGGCUCGAGCCGGGACAAGACCUAGAGGGUCUUGCAAGACUAGGACUUGAAGGGAAUCAAUGGCAAGAUUAUAGAGAAUCAAACGUCACGAACAUCAUCACGGGCUUUGCGAUGAACUCGACGAAGAAGCCAAGGACGAAGAGAAAGAGAACGUGGAUGGAAAAGGGGAGGCGCGGAGGUCGAACAUUCUCCAAACUCAUUGGCAACGGCUUCACCACACCGAACCUCACUCAUCCGCAUGAGCAGCCCUGCUUUUCAGCACAAGAAGGGGACUUUAAAGACUCUUUCGGCAGUAUCGGCCACUGGCACCAAGGGUCCAACUCCUUGCGGCUAAUAUUGUGUACAAGAGCACAAGCUCGCACCGAUCCAGCGUGUCGCGAUGACGAUUAUACCGACGACGACAAUACGGGUGGUCAGACAAUAGGCGCCGUGGCUGGUGGUCGCUCAAUACACUUUGCGAUCAUACAUCGGAAGUUCAGUAACGAGCUGGACUUGCCACUGCGCUAUGAGAGGUACGUGGUGCUGUGGGAGGGGAGAGAGCCAUUCCAGAUCCUGGGUGUCAGUCGCUUUCCGGUAUUGAUGAGAGAUGAAGGGGCGAAGCCAUGGACCAAGGAGGAAAACUGGCCAGUCAGCGGAGACGAAGAGGUGAAGAGAAAGUGGAAUACCACCAUGAAGAUGUCUUAUAAAGAGGGAGGAAGCAGACUCAUGAGACGAGGCGGACAUGAACGAGAAAUCGGUCAAGACGACGGGUUCGACAGGAGCUCGGCGUACUUCACAUACACGCCGAGUCUGGCCUGGACUUGGAGGCCUCAUUCUGCAGCCGCCAACCAGGAGGAUGACAUCGACGAUGUCGAUUACAUGUCUCAGCUGGGGACUGGGUAUCUGGGCGAUGAAGUACUUGUUGGUAUUGGCCUGGACGACGUGAAUCAGGCUUUUGCUCGAGUCAAGGUUGACAGCCUGCUGAACUGUUUGAGACUCUGCCCUGGUGUUCGAUUUCCUGAGGAAGGAGGUUGA